UUUUUAUCAACUAAAAAUAUACAACAGUUAGAAUCACAUUGACAUUUCUAAUGUCAGCUUAUAUACGGCAGUCAGUUUUCAACGCCGUUGCAAUUCAAUUUAACUUCGGCGCAAUACUAUUAUCCCAGGUUGUUUACAAAUCUAUUUCUGGUAAUCUGUUUUGUGUUCUCCCUUCGUUGCAAAUCGUUGGUCGUGCGUGGUGUAUUAAAUAAAUAUUUUUAAUGAAUUUUAUGAAAUUUGGUACGUUUUACCGAAUGUUACCAGGUUUCCAAAAUCAAGUUUUACUUAGAAUGCCACGACAUGCACAGACGCAACAUGGAAACGCGACAGUAGAUGAAGAAAACAUUGUGCUUUUGAAAAACUCAUUAUACCAGCCUUUAACCAGUGCGGAACCCCUAACAUGCACGUGGUUUUAUAACGUUGAUCCGAAUGUAGUGCCUGUUCGCAACAAUCAUGUCGCAGCGGUUAACAAUCAUGAAUCCAAAGUCAUACUUCCAGAGAAGAGAAAAGCAGAGAAUGUAGAACAAGUAGAGGCCUUGAAAAAGGCCAGACUGGAAACGAAAGCGUUGAAAGCUAAACGCCCUGGAUUCUCUGAUGAUAGAUAUGAGGAGACAUCAUAUUACUUUGAAAACGGCUUACGUAAAGUAUAUCCAUACUAUUUCACAUUUACAACUUUUACUAAAGGACGUUGGGUGGAUGAGAAAAUAUUGGAUGUUUUCUCACGCGAGUUUCGCGCACAUCCACCGGAGGAGUAUAAGCGCAGCAUAUUGACUGGAUCACUAAAAGUUAAUUACGAAUGCGUUCCUGUGGAUUAUAAAUUAAAGCACAACGACUUGUUGUCAAACACAGUCCAUCGACAUGAAGUGCCAGUAACAGCUCAACCUAUCACCAUAGUACACAUGGACGAAGAUAUAGUUGUAAUAAACAAACCAGCAUCGAUUCCGGUUCACCCUUGCGGUAGAUAUCGGCAUAAUACUGUAGUCUUUAUUUUGGCUAAGGAAUAUAAUUUGAAAAAUUUACGUACUAUACAUCGUUUGGAUCGGCUGACGUCUGGUUUAUUACUCUUCGGACGUACAGUUAAAAAAGCGCGUUUGUUAGAACAACAAAUAAGAAAUAGAGAAGUUCAGAAGGAAUAUGUUUGUCGUGUAGAAGGAAAUUUCCCCGAAAAUAUUAUUGAGUGCAAAGAACCUAUUGAAGUAGUCAGCUAUAAGAUAGGAGUAUGUAAAGUUUCACCAAAAGGCAAAGAUUGCUCUACAACAUUUGAAAAAAUAAGUUACAAUGGUACCACUAGUGUUAUAUUAUGCAAGCCAUUAACAGGACGAAUGCAUCAAAUUCGUGUUCAUUUACAAUAUUUAGGAUAUCCGAUAGUUAAUGAUCCACUUUACAAUCAUGAAGUGUUUGGACCGCUCAAAGGCCGUGGUGGUGAUAUUGGGGGUCGAACCGAUGAGGAGUUGGUUAAAGAUUUGAUUCAUGUUCACAAUGCCGAAAAUUGGUUAGGGGUUGAUGGAGAUUUUGGUAGCGAAGGAUUAAAUUUGCCGAAAGUCAGGUGUAUGGAUAAUGCGGAUAAAAGUGGUGAAACCCUUAGCAAUGCGGUUCCAAUACCUGUGGCUGCAACUCAGAAAAAUCCAGAAGCUGACGAAGGAAAAAAUGAAGAACAACCCAAAACAGUAACAGUUGGUACUCAAACUGGCCACGAACCACCCGAUACUAAUUACAAUAAACAAAAAACAACUUUUGAUGAACAUUGCUAUGAGUGCAAAGUGCGUUUUAAAGAUCCGAAACCAAAAGAUUUAAUUAUGUACUUACAUGCAUGGAAAUAUAGAGGAUCUGGCUGGGAGUAUGAAACAGAAUUACCCGACUGGGCAAAUGAGAAUUGGAAGGAAUCCUGCGCGGUGUAAAUAACAUAACUUUUUAGUCACUUUCGAUCAUUUACAGCUUUGACAUUCUGGUAAAUUUUGCCCAUAUGAGAAACUUAGCUGAAAAAAAUAGAAAAUAGAAUUAGAGAUUUUUACGUUUUAUACUGCUCAAGUUGUUUAUAUGGUGGACGUGUAAGUUUUGUAACGGUUCACAAUUUAAUUUGAAAAAUAUUUGUGAACAAUUAAGCAUUUAAUUUCAUUGUGAAAUAAUGAAAUGCUACUUGUUUGUAUUUCCUAUGAUUUUAUCUCCUAAAAUUUGCUUACAUUCUACUUGAUUAUAUUAAAAAUAUAUAUAUUUUAUUAACCAUAUUAUUUGUAAUAGCAUAGAAAUCGCAAAUUUAUAACUAUUUUGUUUGAUGUAUAUACAUAUGUAUUUUAUAAUAUUACAUUACGAACUAAGCGCUGUAAUAUUUAAUAAUUUUUUUUAUAGAGAGAGGGAUUUAUGUCAUACAUAUACAUAUAUUUUCAAGUUGUUUUUAUAAUAUUUAAAUUUUCUAAAAUAUUUAUUACUCUAAUACUAAUUGCGACUAAAACAAGUUAACAUAAAUAUGCAAUAAUAAAAUGGAGUAUGAAAUCAACAAAA